CCCAAUACAGUACUUGUUUGUGAAUAAAAAUAAUUGAAAUACGAGAAUCUUUAAGUUUAAUUCGUUUCCAUUUUGUGCAAUGUAAUUAGAUUUAUUUUAAUCGGUAAAACUGGCAGACGAUUUGGCAGUUGUGUUAUUAAGAUCAAGUCAAAUUCCUCAAAUCGUUUGCUUGACUCGUUUCUAUCUGGCUGUACACGAAGAGUUGAGACGACUAGGCUCAAUGACUAAGUGCAAGUCCUGCAACGAAGAACGUUGCGAGAAAAGGUACGAAAAGCGUAACUUGUGCGACGAUGCUGAAAACUGCACUUGCACUUGCCAUGAAGAACCAAAAACGACAUUUUGGAAAGCUACCGGAAGCGUCCUCUUGGGCGCGGCAGCUUUUGCGGGCGGCGUUGUUUUGACAGUAUCCACAGGAGGCUUGGGUACGGUUGGUAUAGCAGCCGUUAUAGGUGGCGGUGUACUAACUGGUGCUGGUGCAACCGCUGCCAUCCAUCCUAUCGCUAAGCAGUUGAACGGUGAACGCAUGACAGGUACCGACUACGUCAAAGAUUUGGCCAUAGGAGGUACUGUGGGCGCCAUCACUGGCGGUAUCGGUGCUGGAGGAGCCAGUGUCACCACAUCCAUUGCUUCCAAAGUUGGUACGGAAUCUUUGAAGCAAGGAGCUGUCAAAUUAGGUUGUCGCACUGUGGUCGGAGCUGUAUCUGGCGGUACGGCCAGUGCCAUCCAAGAGGGCGUCAAUGCGACUUCCGGUGACGCAACUCAGUUUAACGGAAUGAAUGUCUUGAAAGGUGCCCUUCUGGGCGCUGCAACUGGAGGAGUUGGCCACGUCACUGGCGGCGCGGCAAAAUUAGUUGAUAAUGGAGUCGCCAAAAGUGUGACUAAAGUUGUCGCUGACACCGCCGGUACGGCAGUUAUUGACGCAACCUAUCAGAAGAUUGUCGAUGGCAAAGUGGACGGGAAGAAAUUGGCGCUCAAUGCUGGCGCCAGAGCAGCAACAUCAGCUGCAUAUGAAGCCGUCUCCAAUGCAACCUACAAAGCCCACGGAGGUAAAGAAGUACUUCAAGACAAGCUAGGAGACAAGGAGAUACUGGAUGAAGUCGAUUCUGCCGAUCGGGAAAACGCCGUUAAGGCUAAAAAAUUUGUAAAGCAACUAACUGCCGAACAGAUUGAAAAGCAAAUUGUACUAGCGGAGGAAGUAUCAAGCGCUAAACAGAAAUUGCAAAUGAUGCAAGACAAACAGAGCAAAAUCCAAAGUAAACUGAAUGACGCCAACAAACAACUGAGUGAAAUUACUAAGAACCCCUCUUUCCGACAAGACGCCGCUUCUGCGGACACUCUGAAGCAACUGCAGGAUCAGAAGGGAUUGCUGCAGAAAGAGUCAAAACUAUUAGGAAAAAAAAUAGUUCAGUUCACCAAAGAAGUGCUUAAGGAACUGCCUCGGCCGCAAAAGUUAGGCGACCAAAAGUUGCAUGCACUUGAUUCUGAACACAGUAGACAGUUUGCGGCUGAUUUGCCUGAGGACAGUACCAGUGGACGGGGUGCGAAGCGAGUCGUAUUUGACGUGAAGGUAAAUGAGGACGGAACUGUGAAGAAUGUGAAGAUUGCUGGGAUUAUCGACGAUCACGAUUACACCAAAGUGCCGAAAUAUGGCGAAGUCAAAGUGCCCGAGCUCACAGUUGUUGAGCCGUUCGUUAUGCCCAAGGAAGACGAAGAAGAGGACGAUAAGGAAAAGAAGAAAAAGCAAUGAAGAUAUACAAUGGGUGAUUGGCAUAGGAUUCUCGAAACAUGUAUACCUUUUCUAGACCAUAGUAGUCUUGUGGUGCAUUACCAAUUUGUGCCUUGGUUUUAACUUUCAUCAAGAUCUUGUUCUAAAUAUUUUCUUUACUGAAAUUCAGUAAAGUGAAACGAUUAGUUUCCCCGCGUAUGAGCACUAUAAACAAAAAAUAUUGCCUUAUUGUAAGCUUACACAAUGGUUAACAUUUACUUUGAGAACAUGAACUUACUAUUAGAUGUUGUCUAAAUUUUUAUUUCAGUCCAGAUUGCAAUAUUUGCGUUACGAUUGCGUCCAUGGUACACAAUAUACGAUAUCGAAUAAUUAAAAAAUGCAUUUAGUGGUUUUCCUCGUUUUCAGCAUAUGUAAAUUAGCAUAACAGAAACACCUUUCUCACAGGAUACACGAAUAUUUAUGUCAAAAGCAGAACUUGCACUGCUGUCAUUGAGCUCCAAGAUAAUUUUGGAUAUUUUAUGCUUUCU